GACCAUUGGCGGCCUCACCUGUCGAUCACCAGGUACCGGAAGGUUAUUCACCACAGGUACCAGGCGAUUAUCUUGGACCACGGAUGGGGGAGAGACCUGUAUGUAAACAACACAGAUCUCUCCCCUUUCAACUCCUGCACUCUGCUUUGUAUGGCUCUGCAUAGCAGAGCCAGUGUAAAGCACACACACAGCACACAGUAAAACAGCACACAGCUCACAGUUAACCCUUUGAUUGCCUCAGAUGUUAACCCCUUCCUGCCCAGUGUCAUUAGUACAGUGUCAGUGCUUUUUAUUAGCACUGAUCACUGUAUUGGUGUCACUGGGGAUGUCAGUGACAACAAGUCUGUUCCCCCCCCACUGUCAGAAUGCCCGCCGCAGUCCCACUAUAAGUCGCUGA